AUGUGGCCGCCUGCACAUCAUCGCGCCGUGCUGCAAUCGCACCAGUUCACAGUCCACACCCCGUCCGAUCUCCCCCCGCGCUGGAGACCCAAGGUGGGCGCCGUCCAAGCCGUGAUCAUCGACGAUUGCCUGUCCACCAUCUACGCCGUCGCCUGCACUGACGCCGACGACUGCCGGCGAUACAGUAUCUUCUGCGAGGCGGCCCUGCCGGAUGAUGGGGAUCCCCGCUGGGUCCGCGCCCUCUCGCUGCUCAAUGACUUGGUGCAGCUCGCCCGCACCAACCGUCCGGACCUGCAGGUGAUCUACGGGAGCAUUGAAACCCCGACCAUCGCGCAGUUCUGGCGCGAAUCGGUGCCGGCGGAUAAUGAGUUGCGGAAAGCCGGUCGGUUGGCCGUCUACCUCAGUCCAGGUGGGGAAUCCUUCUUCACGCGCGAUCAGGAUGCGGAGCUGAUGAUGUUGAUCGGGGAUGAUGGGCCGGGGGCCGGCUUUGUCUGGGAGGAAGUAGACUCAUGA